UGACUGUUUAUAAAUUUUGUAUAAUUUGAAACAUUAAAUUUAUAUAUAUAUAUAUAAACAUCUUAUUAAAUUCUGAGAUUGAAGUGCAUGUGUAUAUGGUUAUUUAAUGGAUUUUCAAAAAUCUUAUUAUACUAUAUAAUAUAUUUGAAUAUUGUAUCUAUGUGCACUGAAAAUAAUUUGAAAAAGAAAUAAUUUUCAAGAAAUUGUCAUUAUGGCAUCACCAGCUCCUAAAUCUCCCGAACAAUCAGAACGAAAUAGAAAAUAUGAUCGACAGUUGAGGUUAUGGGGAGAUCAUGGACAAGCUAAUUUAGAAGCAGCACAUAUUUGUCUUAUAAAUGCUACCGGAUUGGGAACUGAAAUUUUAAAAUCAUUAGUUCUUCCUGGUAUUGGUGCAUUUACUAUUGUAGAUGGGAAAAAAAUAACAAAUGAAGAUAUUGGAGCAAACUUUUUUCUAGAAGCAGAUAGUGUUGGAAAAUCAAGGGCUCAAGUUGCGACCCAGAUGUUAUUAGAGUUAAAUCCUGAUGUCAGAGGUGAUUAUAUUGAUGAAGAACCUGAACAAGUUUUGUAUAAUAGUCCGGAUUUUUUAAAUAACUUUACAGUAGUAGUUGCUACUUCAUUAACAGAAAAGUGCUUAGUCCUUUUGUCGAGACGACUUUGGGAGUUAAAUAUUCCCUUAAUAGUAUGUAGGAGUAUAGGCUUUAUUGCUUAUAUGCGAAUUCAAGUAAAAGAACAUACUAUAGUGGAGACACAUCCAGAUAAUGAGACACCAGAUUUACGUUUGCAUAAACCUUUUGGAACAUUAAAAAAGCACUUAGAUUCUAUCGACCUUGACACAUUGAGCUUCAAAGAUCACUCUCAUAUGCCAUAUGUUGUUAUUUUAUAUAAAUAUUUAUCUAAGUGGAUUUUGAAUCAUGGAAGUUUGCCCAAGACUUACAAAGAAAAGCAACUAUUGAGAGAAAUGAUUAAAAAAGGAAUGAGAAAAGAUGAACAAGAUGUAUUAAAUAUUGAAGAAAAUUUUGAAGAAGCAAUUAAAGCUGUAAAUACAUGUAUAAAUUAUACUGACGUUCCUGAUAGAGUUAAAAAUAUUUUAAAUGACGAGUGUUGUAUAAAUCUAACAGCAAAGAGCAGUCCAUUUUGGAUCAUUGCUAAAGCAGUAAAAGAUUUUGUUGAUAAUGAAGGUUGUGGUUCGUUACCAUUAAAAGGAACUUUACCAGAUAUGACAGCUGAUACAGAGAAAUAUAUAACUCUACAGCAAAUUUAUCACAAGCAAGCAUUAGCUGAUGUAGAAGCAGUGUGGAGACGCACACUACAAUUGCUACAACAGCUAGGCAAAUCUUCAGAUUCAAUAUCUGAGAAAGAUGUUAAAUUAUUUUGUAAAUAUGCUGGAGAUAUUUAUGUAGAGAGAGGAACUUGUAUAGCUGAUGAAUAUGAUCCUAAAAUCAUUAAUACUAGUAAUAUAGUGGACAAUUUGGAGAAUCCUGAAAGUUUAAUGGUGUAUUAUGUUGUACUUAGAGGAGUUGAAAAGUUUCAAACAGAAUAUAAUUCAUAUCCCGGUGAAUUUGAUGAUCAAGUUGAGCCUGACAUUGUUAAAUUAAAGGCUUGUAUUACAAAAUUGUUGAGUGAAUGGGGGUGUGGAUCUUUGGCAAAAGAUGAUUACGUACAUGAAUUUUGUCGAUUUGGUGGCGCUGAAUUACAUUCGGUUUCUGCAUUUUUGGGUGGAUUGGCUGCUCAAGAAACUAUUAAAUUUAUUACAAAACAGUAUAAACCUCUUCAUAACACUUUUAUUUAUGAUGCUGUGACUUCACAUUCUAGUACAUUUUUUGUUUAGAAAUAACUAUUUUUUUUUUAAACAUACGCAUAUACAUAUUAUGUAUAUAUAUAUGUUAAGUGAAGAACACAGUUUAAUAAUUUAAGUAUCAUCUUUAUGCUUUAAUUGUCAACAGAUAUGCGCGUUUAAAAAAUUUGUACCUUUAACUUUUGCACCUUCUUUAAAAA